AUGGCUCUGUGUUCACACAGUACAAAAUAUCUUAGGUUAUGUUCACAUAUCAAUAAUUUUAUCCGAUUUUCUUCAAGUAAAGGAUUUUCUGGGAAAGGUUUAGUUUUGGGCGUUCAUACUAGUGAAAAUAACGAAGGAGUGGAACUGACUCCAGCAGCAGAGAAAUAUAAUGAAAUUUCUGGUGGAAAACUUUUACAACAAAUUCAACUUGCUGGAAAUGAAAUUAAAGCCGGAAAAUGCAUUUUAUUUUGGGGUUUAGACAAAGAGUAUAAUUCAGUUGCCGUUACUGGUAUUGGUAAGAAGUCUGAAAAACAAGAUGAAAAUGAAUUGAUUUGCCAACAAAAUGAGUCUAUACGGAUAGCUGCUGCUGUUGGAUGUAGAGCUUUGGAAUCGGUGGGAAUAAAAACCAUUCACGUAGAAGACUUUUGUAAUGCAGACGCGGCUGCACAAGGAAGCAUUUUAGGAACAUGGAAUUUCCAAGAAUACAAAACGGAAAAGAAAGAACUACCGAAAGUUGAACUGUUCCAACAUAGCAAAGACGCAGACGGUUGGUGCAAAGGUGUUAUUAAAGCCGAAGCACAGAAUCUGGCAAGGAAAUUGACGGACACUCCAGCGAAUCUUCUAAACCCUACGAUAUUUUCCGAAGAAGCCAAACAUUUGCUUUGUCCUUUAGGAGUCGAUGUAAAAAUUUAUGACAAAAAGUGGGCAGAGGAUCAAAAAAUGUUUUCAUUUCUGGCAGUAGCGCAGGGUUCGGUACAACCGCCGAAAUUUUUGGAAAUUACUUACAAUCCGAAACAAAGUCGGGAGAGUCCUUUUGUACUCGUUGGCAAAGGAGUAACAUUUGAUGCUGGCGGUAUUAGUAUAAAACCAGCCGCGGCCAUGGAUGAAAUGCGGGGUGACAUGGGAGGAGCUGCUGUCGUACUAAGUACAGUAUUUGGUCUAGCCAAACUAGGUGUAUCAACCAACUUAAAAAUCCUUAUACCUCUAGUAGAAAAUCUUCCAUCGGGAACAGCAAUUAAACCUGGAGACGUUGUCAGAGCAAGAAAUGGAAAAACGAUAUGUGUAGAUAAUACAGACGCCGAGGGGAGACUCAUUUUGGCUGAUGCUUUGUGCUACAGUUCCGAAUUUAAGCCGAAAUGGGUUUUGGACAUUGCCACUUUGACUGGAGCUAUGAGAGUUGCAUUAGGCAAUGCAGCAACAGGUGCCUUCAGCAAUAGCAAUAAUCUCUACAAGAUGUUAGAAAACGCUGGGACAGUCACCGGCGACCGAGUUUGGCGAAUGCCCUUAUGGAAACAUUACACCAAAAUGAUUUCUGAAAAUGCUGCAUAUGAUCUGAACAAUAUUGGAAAAGGAGGCAAGGGAGGAGGAAGUUGUACUGCCGCUGCAUUUCUAAGAGAAUUCGUACCCAAAGAUACUGACUGGUUGCAUUUAGACAUCGCCGGCGUUAUGGGACCCGAUACUUCGCCUUAUUUACAAAAAGGCAUGACCGGAAGACCUACUCGAACGCUAAUCGAAUUCGUGGAGAGCCAAACGAAAUAG